CGCCCGAUCCUCGGCGCGCACGGUUUUGGAGCGGGUGUUCUUCUCGUCUUCGUAGCGAGAAUCGCCGAUUAACGAGGUCGUUUAAGUUUAAAGAGUGAGCUACACCGUGUGCCUAUCGACAUCGACUGUUUGCCGAUAAAAAUUUCGUACCAGCUGGCAUAAACUCCGGUACACGCGAUGUUGUCGAUAAAUUAACGGAACUUGUUUGUUGUUUUAUCGAUGGUCCAGCUGUGCGAGAAGUUGGAAAGAAAAGUGGUGUAACAAUCGGUCCGGUAGCUCGUGUUUUUAAGACUGUUUCAUCGAAAAGCAGUUUUCUAGUUAUAAACGUUUCCUCAUUUCAAAGAAGGUUGUUUAUACUUCUUGUGACAAGUAUCUCGAGCGACACUGUGUGAAACGUGAAAUUUGAUUAGUUUGCUGCGGUGAACAGUUAUGUCAUAACCUAUAAUCUAAACGUUCGCCAUUAAUCGUGUAUAUCGAUGUAUCGAUUAGAGUGAUCAAUAUGUGACCGAUCGAUAUAACAGAUUAGUCUCCAUUGUCUUCAGAAACGAAACUUUGAGUCGUGAGUGGAAAGUAAAAGAAUUUUUCUAGUGUAUGGACCGAUAGAUUUUGUACGUUAUCUAUCGACGUGGAUGGGACAUUUUUCUUCUUCUACUAGCUCAUAGAGACACGGACCACGGUCUUUACGGAUUUUGUCGAUCUGCCACUGCGAAAUGCAGAGGUUUGCCUAUCAGUGUCAGGCAUUUUUUAGACAGAUUUAGACUGAAACGAUGCGGAACGUAGUAUUGCGACAUUGAUUCGACUCCCUCCCGAUGCUCCAUUCAUCGCCGAGCUAUCUGAAGGUCGGCCAAGUAGGAGUCACAGAAGAAUCGGGAAUAGUAGACGCUGAGAUUUUCUUCGCGAGCUGCGCGAUGAUUGCUACGCCGGGCUUUUCCAGGCAACGACGAAAAAUCGAACAAAGAUGAACGAAAUGGAGCAGAUCCCUGAAGGCUGAGAGCGAGCGGAUCCUCGAUAUGACCGGUAGGAGAAUGCGGCCGACCGCAUCGGCGCUCGGCGUCAUCGCCAUUGUCUCCAUCAUGAUCACUGCCAUGCCAUCUGAAGCGGACAGCGGCGCUAUUGAGCCCAGCAUCAAUCAUUUCGGAGUGGACGAGGAGGACCAUCGUAUCCAGGAGGACGAAAGGAUCGCGAACCAGACCGUCGCCAGCGAUCUAGCUGCGGUCGCGUUUCGAGUGCACGUCAACGAUACUAACAACGAAACUCCAAUAACCAAAACUAUCCAUAGCUUCCCCACCGAUCACGAGAACCUCGUGAACAUGUCGCGAAUGGACGAAGUUAGCGUCGCGGAAUUGCAAAGGGAUCAAAGUAACCUGUUACCUGUCACGGUGUCACAGAACGAUGUUCACGAGCCGCAACGCAAUCCAUUGGGAUCAGACGCAAAGUCGGCAGAGCGCAACAGUUCUGAAAACAAAGUGGAACUCGCGAACAAUGAUUUCGUCUCGUCGACUCGACCGAAUCGAGCAGAAAUCGUAUCAAGUAUCGUUCCUUUGGAGAUCCGGUCGCCUGGUUCCAAGAAUGACGAUUACUUGCACGGCGUCCAGGUAGACGACGAGGAUCUGUCGAACGUGGUAGAGCACGAAGACGAGUUAAUAGAUGGUUCUAACGUGGACAAAUCUCGCAGAGGAAACUCGAUUAGGUUUACAACCGUGUCAAUCCGUGAGACUAUCGUCACGGAGGUGAAACCGAUCGAGCAGAAGAACGUCGAGGACAUAAGAGCGAUCUCGUUCCAAGUACCUGCAAUUGGCAAAGAAGCAGAAGACGCGGACAAGCGACAACAAGAUAACGAAGACCCAAGAAACGUCAUGGAGUCAAGGAAGGAUCAUUCCAGGCCGAUGAACAACCUGCUGUUGGCGGGUGGUAAGUCGACGAAGGCGUUUUACGAGAUCAAACCGUCGAUCAAAACCGAGAUGGAGCCCGAUCAGCUUAACCCUAGCAGCACUCAGCGACCCUUGCCCGGUAGGAAGUUUGUGCUACCCAGCGUCGACAGCGCCUUUGGCAAGUUCGGGCCUUACUUCGAAGACGGCGAUCAGGAGAUAAACAUCACUGCCAGAAUAGGCAGCACUAUGCUGCUCGACUGCAAAAUCGGCAUGCUUGGCAACAAGGAGGUGACGUGGGUGCAGCAGCCAAGCAAGGACUCGUUUCGACUACUCACGGUCGGUAGGAUCCUGUACAGUGCAGAUCAGCGGAUCAGCCUCAACUUCAGAUACCCGAGCAAUUGGAGAUUACAAAUCCAGUACGCAACUACGCGGGAUUCCGGCUUAUACAAGUGUCAAGUUGCAACGCAUCCGCCGCUGGUUAAAACGAUUAACGUCGUCGUCACGGCACCGGAAUUGACAAUAACCGACGAUUCCGGCCGAGUGGUGUCCAAGGAGAGGCACCUGAAGGCGGGAAGCGUUCUCAAACUCAGAUGCGAGGCCAGAGAUGUUAUCGAGUCCCUGAAGGAGUCUGUCAUUUGGACCAGGGGAGAUGAAACACUUACCGAAGACGUUAGUGAAAACAGGACGACGGAAAUCUUAGCUGGGAAGGAGGUCCUCGUGAUAGUUAGCACGCUGAUCGUGGAGAGGGCCAGUCCAAGGCAUGCCGGAAAUUACAGCUGCGUUGUACCCGGGAAGGCCAAGACAACCGUUGCAGUACACGUACUUAACGGGGAGUUACCAGCCGCGGUGCACGACGGUAACGGGGUCUCAAGGGCGUUCCUCAACCUGUGGCUAAUUCACUUAACGAUGAGUUACGUUUUUUCCAGAUGACAAUACUAAGGUUAUCGCAACAGCGCCAAGACAACCACCGGCGGUCAGACAUGAACUUCACGGCUGGAAGCAACAACAUAAUAUCGCGUGUCGUCGGUGAGAUUAAUUAAUCAUGGACUAAGUACCGGUCACGAUAAUCGAUUCUCAGGAUCAACGAUAGAUCGUCGAUCUACCUG